AUGGAAAAUCAAAUUCACUCUGAACUAAUUGUAAAAGAAGAGGAAGAAGAAGAUGAUGAAGAAGAGAAAGAACAAAAAUGUGAUACUCCUACUAAUGAAACUAAAAAUAUUGUGCGUGAUGGAGAAUCAACAAUUGGUAUCAGACCAAGGCCAUUAAUUUGUAAGCCAGAAAAUGUAAAUAUUGGGUGCAAGUCUGAACCUAUAGAAACUAAAUGGCAUUGGGCUCCAGGAGCAUGGCAAGAUGCUACAAGAACCAGUGCCUUCCAACCAUAUAAGCCUCCUACGUUACUUACUAAUUUACAAAGAGGUAAUACACAAACAGAAAUAUCUCAACUUUAUGGUGGUAGCGAUAUUACAUUCCAUACGUUAGCUGGCCAAGGUGAACUUACACCUGAACACAUACAUCCAAGUACUGUUGAUACACCUGAUGAAAAGGGUUUAACUGGUCUUAUGUGGGCUGCGAGAUAUGGGCAAUUAGGCAGUGCAAGGCAAUUACUUAAAGCUGGUGCAAACAAAAACUACCGUGGCCUCAAUGGAGAGACUCCUUUGCAUUUAGCAGCUGCUUAUGGACAUCAUGAUCUUGUAAAAUUGUUGUUAAACUAUGGUGCAGAUUCCAAUGCAAGUGAUGAGGAAGGAAAUACACCUUUGAUAUAUGGAGCAAAUGGAGAUCAUCCACAUGUAUGUUACGAAUUAUUAUCUAGAGGCGCUGAUAUAACGCGUCGUAAUAUGUAUAAUAUAAGUGCUUAUCAUGCAGCAGUAUUAAAUAAUUCACUAACUGCUAAAGCAGUAAUUGAAAAUUAUUUGAUACAACAAGUGGUAAACAUAUCACCAAAUAUAUUGCAAUAAAGUAAUGCAAUAUAAAUAACGUAAUUAUAAUCUUAAAAUGUGUAUAGGUUUUAAAAAAUUGUACAAAUUAUAUAGUGAUAUUUACACCCGAGUAUUUUAAUAAAUAUUUUUUAUUUUUAA